UAAAACUUGAGAGGCGCUGCAUGUCGCCAGCUGUGGCAAAUUCCACGUCUGUAAAUCGGUCUACUUUAGUUUUCAAUCAAAAUUGAAAUUCCGGCCGAUUCGGCCUGAAUGGAUUAGUUUUAGAUACGCAAGAGGCAAACAGCCAAUUCAACUAACCAUGGGUGGAAUACUGAGCUAUUUUAGAGGGCUUCUUGGCAGCAGAGAAAUGCGAAUUUUAAUUCUUGGUUUAGACGGAGCUGGAAAAACAACAAUUUUGUAUAGACUGCAGGUUGGUGAAGUGGUCACCACCAUUCCUACAAUUGGCUUCAAUGUCGAGCAGGUCACAUACAAAAAUUUAAAAUUCCAAGUUUGGGACCUCGGAGGUCAAACUAGCAUCAGACCUUACUGGCGAUGUUACUAUUCAAACACAGACGCCAUUAUCUACGUGGUAGAUUCAGCAGAUCGAGACCGUAUUGGCAUCUCUAAAGACGAACUAGUGUAUAUGCUUGAGGAAGAGGAGUUGAAGGGCGCUGUGCUUGUCGUGUUAGCUAACAAACAGGACAUGGAGGGUGCAUUAAGUGUCGCAGAGGUGCACCAGGCAUUAGGAUUAGAUGCACUCAAAAAUCGCACUUUCCAAAUCUUCAAAACGUCGGCGACAAAGGGUGAGGGUCUUGACCAGGCCAUGGACUGGCUUUCCAAUGCUCUCACCGCUGCAAAGUGACCACCACAUUCCAACCUUCACCUCCCAAGCCAGGACACUACUUUCAAUAUUCUUUGUUUCCACUUUGUGUUGAUUUUGUGCGUCUAGUGUGGAUCUAAUUUAAGUAUAAUGCUAAAUAAAUUGUAUGCACUGUAAUAAUGCGGAA